AUGCGUCGGUGGUUACAGCCCUCGCAGGAGCUGCUGGCGGAGGUACCCGGGGACUCUUCUUACUGGGAGAUCUCCUCAAAUCUCCCGAUCUCUGCGCUCGAGUGCUGGCCCACCUCUGCAUCGGUUGGAUCGUCCGCGGGGACGGCCCAGGAAUUUUCCACCGGGAAAGGUCAGGAGGGCGCUCUAGAUGCGGAUGCCAGGGAGUACUGCUUGCAGGCCUUGGCACCUUUGUCGGCCGAGCUGGACGCAGAGGAGGUGAGAGCCAUACGAAAAGCCUUGGAGACAGGUUCCAAGGACAAGUCCACCGGAACGGUCAGCAAGACCAUCCAACAGGACGAACUCUUGGACUGCGAUCUCAUGAACUUCCUCGAAGGGAG